AUGAAGCGGUUGACGGCAGCUCACGUCCUGGCUGGGAGCUUUGGCCUGGUGGCAUCCCAAGACUAUAACGCUCCACCCCCAAACCUCACCACGCUCCCAGCUCUCUCUCUCUUCGAGACCUGGAGACCUCAUAUCCACGUUCUCCCAGCAUCUGGUCACAUUGGAGACCCUUGUGCGCACUAUGUUGACCCGGAUACUGGUCUCUUCCACGUUGGCUUUCUUCACAAUAACACUGGCAUUUCCAGCGUUUACACGGAUGACCUAGUCCACUACUACGAUGUGAGCGACUUCAUUAUUGUGGCUGGGGGCCGCAAUGACCCUGUUGCCGUCUUUGAUGGCUCUGUCAUUCCCAGGGGUCUUGAUGGCAAACCUACCCUGUUCUACACCUCAGUCACGUCGCUUCCCAUUCACUGGACGAUUCCAUAUGUCUGGGGUUCUGAAUCGCAAUCCCUGGCCGUCACGUCCAACGGGGGAAAGAAUUUUACCAAGCUGGAUAGAACCCCCGUCAUUCCGGGCCCUCCGCGAGCAGAUGUCACCGGCUUCCGUGACCCAUACGUCUUCCAGAAUGGACAUCUCGACAAAGCUCUUAACAGCAGCGAGGACACAUGGUAUGCAGUGAUCUCAGGCGGUGUCCGGGAUGUCGGUCCGGGUAUCUUUCUCUACCGCAGCAUCAGUGAUGAUUUCCAGGACUGGGAGUACAUGGGCAACUGGUUUAAUGCCUCGGUGAACUCGACCCUGGGCAAUGGCCCCUGGCCCAGGGUCUCGGGUUACAACUGGGAGACGGCCAACGUGUUCAGUCUCGACCGGACAGGAUACAAUCAAAACGCGGACACGUUUAUGACGUUUGGCGUGGAGGGCUCGUAUGUUCCCAUCCGGAAGUCCGUGACCUCGAUGCAUGAGAUGCUGUGGGCAUCCGGCCACGUCUCAGCUCAGGGCAGCAACGCCACUUUCAGUGCUGAUAUGAUCGGUGUGCUCGAUUGGGGCUUGUCGGCUUAUGCGGCGGCCGGCAAGGUUGUGCCUAGCACGGCACGAGUCUCUCAGCAUGGUGUACCUGAUCGGUUCAUCUCGUAUGUCUGGUUGAAUGGUGAUGGUUUUGAACAAAUCAAAGGCUUUCCUACAGCGCAGCAAGGAUGGAAUAACACACUGCUGCUGCCACGCGAGCUCCGUAUGCUACCCAUUUCCAAUGUGGUGUAUAAUGAACUGGCCCAGGAGACUGGAUCGUGGCGGGUCGCCAGCGACCAGAAUCCUGCGCCGGGCAGCUGCGCUGAACUGGAGACACUUGGAAUCAAUAUUGCGCGCGAAACCUACCGUGCAAUGACUAGUGUGGACGGCUUUAGUGAGCCGGAUCGCACGAUCACAAAUCAAGAUCGCGAGAUUAUCCCAUUCGGGACUUCGCCGGACGCAAAAUUCUUCGUCCUAGAAGCCCAAAUCACUUUCCCGCAGUCGGCACGUCAAUCGGAUCUGCAAGCUGGCUUCCAGGUCCUGGCGUCGGAUUUGGAGUCCACCACCAUCUACUACCAGUUUUCCAACGAAUCCAUCGUCAUUGACCGCUCCAACACCAGCGCUGCUGCGAAGACCACCCCUGGCAUUGAUGAAUCACUAGAGUCCGGACAUCUGCGUCUGUUUGACAUCAGCGAUUGUUGCGGCGGGGAGGGUGACCGUCAUACUCAAUGCGACUCCCACGUUGAGACGCUGGAUCUCACUAUUGUGGUGGAUAAUUCGGUCCUGGAGGUGUACGCCAACUCGCGCUUUGUGAUGUCUACUUGGGCCCGUUCCUGGUAUGCCAAUUCGACAGAGAUCCGCUUCUUCCACAGUGGUGCGGGCGAGGUUUCUUUCAGCAACAUUCAUGUCCGAGAAGGCUUGUAUGAUGCUUACCCUGGGAGAAGGCGAUAG